UCGAGCGCCGUGUCACACUUCCCUCUGCCGUCAGCUCGGAAGGUCGCGAUGCAAGUCGGCGCGCGUGUGUGGGUGCUCCUCGAUGGCGUGUGGGUUGAAGGCCACGUCCUUCGUGUGUCGAAAGCAUCGAUUCAAUGCACAGUCGAUUCGAACGACAUGGCGAUCAUUGUUGACGCGGACCCGUCGACGGUAUUUGCUUGCCAUCCCGACGAUGGCGGGGCGUGUGCGGCCAUCGACGACCUUGCGUCGUUGGUACACUUGCACGAGCCUGCCAUUCUUCAUGCACUCUCUGUGCGAUAUGCCCGUAAUCUUGUGUACACUCGCACGGGCUCGAUUCUCGUCGCGAUGAAUCCGUGCCAGCCCCUUGCGCACCUCUACACCCCGGCCGUCCAAGCCAGCUAUGCUGCAAACUCUUCAUUGCCGUCACCGCCACCACACGUGUACGAAGUGGCUGAACGAGCGUAUCGAGCCAUGCGACAGCACGUAGAGCCCCACAACAUUCUCGUCAGCGGUGAAUCUGGUGCUGGCAAGACGGAAACCACCAAGAUCCUCCUCACGUACCUCGCAUCGGUGUCGACCCCACCAAGUGAUGGAGGGUUGGGUGUUCGAAGCAACGAUGACAACGCCGUCAUUCGGCAACGUGUACUCGAGUCGAACCCGAUCCUCGAAGCGUUUGGCAAUGCCAAGACCACGCGAAACAACAACAGCAGUCGGUUUGGCAAGUUCAUUCGACUCGGUUUCAGUCCGUUGUCUGGUGAAUUGACCGGCGCGUCCAUCUCGACCUACCUCCUCGAGCGCGUCCGGCUUAUCUCGCAGGCCAAAGGCGAGCGAAACUACCAUAUCUUUUACGAACUCGUCCGAGGCGCGUCCGCCACCCACCGCGCCAUGUUUUACUUGACCGACGCAUCUGUCCACUCGUUUCACUACCUGCAUCAAAGCGGAUGCGACUCGCGAACGGAUGGCGUCGACGACGCCGCGCAGUACAAGCGAACGCUGCACGCCAUGACAACGAUUGGGUUGACGCCGCAAGAACAGACAAAUGUGCUGCAGCUCGUGGCGUCCAUCUUGCACUUAGGCAACGUCAAGUUUGUGAAAAAGGGCCAAGACGGCUCCCGUGUCGCCGACGGGUGUCCGUCUGCCGCGAUUGUGUGCAAGUUGCUUGGCAUUGGCAGUGGCGACUUUGAAGGUGCCUUGUGCACGCGUGAAAUCAUCGCUGGAUUCGAGCCGGUCGUGACCAUGGUGUGCGUCGAGCGCGCUGUGCAUGCCCGAGACACCCUCGCCAAAGCAAUCUACACCCGCGUGUUUGAGUACUUGGUCACGCGCAUCAACUCGUCCGUGGCCCCGGCUCGUGACGCCGCCGACGCCUCGACCGACUUGUCCAAAACCGCGUCAGCCAUCGGGAUUGUCGACAUCUUUGGGUUUGAAAGCUUCGACACGAACUCCCUCGAGCAGCUGUGCAUCAACUUUGCCAACGAGAAACUCCAGCAGCUUUUUGGUCGGUUCGUGUUUGGCAUGGAACAAGCCACGUACGAAAGCGAGGGCGUGCCGUGGCCGUUUGGCGAGUGGCCCAUGGCCAACGAAGGCUGCCUCGCGCUCUUUGAAGCGCGGCCGUGCGGCUUGUUUGCCCUCUUGGACGAACAGUCCCGCUUGUCCAAAGGGUCGGACCGCACACUCGCGACCAAAUUGUACGACGCGUUCCGCAAGCACUCGGCGCACUUCACCGCGUCCAAGCUCGACCAGGCGCAUGGAGCGUUCACGAUCGUGCAUUACGCCGGCCCUGUCACGUACUCGACGAGGGGUUUCUGCGACAAGAACAAAGAUUCCGUGCCGCAUGACGCGCUCGUGGCGCUUACGACGUCGUCCCUCGACUUUGUCGCAGAUUUUUUUGACGACUGGCACCCCCACGACCUUCCCGCGUCCACAACACCGAUCCACAGCACCAAGAACAACCGCAGUUUCACAGGAGCUGGAUCGAAUCCGUCGUCGUUCUUUCGGUCGAGUCUCGGUGGCGGUCGACCGUCGCUACAGUCGUCGACGAGCAACAUCUUGUCUGCGACAGUUGUCUUGACGUUCAAGAUGCAACUCAGCUCGCUCCUGGCCACCCUCGAAGCGUCGCAGUCGCAUUUUAUUCGAUGCAUCAUGCCCAACGAUGCCAUGGCGCCUCGUACGUUUGACUCGAAGCGCGUGAUCCAUCAACUACGCUGCUGUGGGCUUGUCGCUGUCGCCCAGAUCGCAAGAGCGGGGUUCCCCGUCCGAUUACCACACGCCACAUAUGCCUCGACAUACGCUCCUGUUCUCCACAAGUCCAUGACGGUCGCAUCCACCAACACGUUGCAUCUUGAGACACAAGUUGGACAUGCCCUGGACGCAUUCGUCGUCGCCACCUGCGGACCCACGCACGUCCGUCGAGGUCGCACGAUUGUAUUCCUCACCCACGGCGCGUUGCAGGCCCUCGAAGCGGCGUUGACGACGUGUCGACACGCCGCCGCCACCGUUCUACAAGCUUACGCGAGAUUGCACCUCGUUCGCACGUGGUUCUUGGAAGUACGCCGUGCCAUAAUCGUCCUUCAGUCACACGUGCGCAUGUGGACGGCCCGAAACAAGUUUCGGCGACUCAGACUGGCUGUCCAGUUCAUUCAGAAAGCGUGGGUUGCCCACCGAGCCAAGUGGAGCGCGCGGUCGGAGAGACAACUCGCCUGGACGCGACGCCAUGCCGCAGCUCGCGUGGUACAAAGCAGCGUGCGUCGACGCCAAGCCUGCCUUCGUGCCGCUGCUCUGCGCCACGCCCUCACAUCGAACCAGAAUAUCCACGACGACAAGCACUCUGUCGAAGAGCCGGAAACCGAAGUCCACAGCGACCACGACCAGUGUACGCAUGACAUCAUGCUAAGCCACCGCGUGAGCUCCAGCGACGACGACGACGACAGUGUCGACGACGUGGUGCGGCUCAACUCCUACCAGAUCAAACGAGAUGCUUCGUACGUCGUGGAGUGGACUGGCGGCGUCCUUGGGCUGUCCUUUGACGUAAGCUUCUCGACGCCGGUUGUCCGUCGUGUUCACGCCAGCCUCAGCGACGUCCCAGGCCUCGGCAACGUCCACAAAGGCGACCGCCUCCUCUCCAUCAACGACUACAAUAUCCGCCCCAUGGACAACUUGACGUCGCUGCUCCUGGACAUGACGCCUCCCGUGAAAUUGCUCCUGGCGCCAUGGACUGGCCCCGUGCCAAUCUUCUCCAACGACAUGGUGACCAUUGGCCUCGCCCAACUCGUUCGCCAGAGAUCGUCGUCCGUCCUGCAGUCGUCCGAGUUUGAAGUGCUCGUCGAAACAGCAACGUUUGCAUGGUCACCGUACAAGACCGCAAGUGCGAUGGUGCCGAUGGUCCAUUCGUUUGAAGGCGAUGCGGACGAGAAUGCGGGCCUAGCCAUGCUGCAACCAAGCGAUGUUCUUCUACAGGUCGGAGCAGUCCUGACAGCAGACAUCCCGUACGAGGAAGCGCUCCAGCGGGUUGCGGACGCACCACGACCUGUGGUACUGAGAUUUCAAGUCGGGUUGCGACAGCCACGAGCAGGACCGGACCAAGUGAUCAUGGCGUGGAGUGAAGGGUCCCUCGGCGUCGAAUGGACGUGGGACAAGAUGCUUCACCGAGGCUUGGAGAUUCAGCGCAUUCACAGUCACGGCCUUGUCGCGCAUCAGCCAGAACUUCGCGUCGGGGACGUAUUGGUGCACAUCAAUCACUUCGACACGUCCGUCCUGGGGUUUGACGAAGCGACCAAGCUGUUGACUCAACACAAUCCGUCGCCGCUGCACCUCACUUUCCAGAAAUCCCCUGCAUGGGUACGUCAGACCAAGACCAUCAUACGGCUCGCCGUAGAUGCCAUGACCAUCCUUCACGAGGCGUGGACGACGUACGAAGUCUGGCGCGUCCUCGCCGCCGUUGCCCUCUACUGCGCCAUCUACUGGACCGAUGAGAUCUUGUUCUUCCCCUUGCAGUUUUUUUAAUUUAACUCAUAUGCCAUGGUUUUAUUAUUGCA